AGGGGCCGACGACGAAGGCGACGGCGGCGGCGGCGACGACGACGGCGGAUCCUUGGGUCGGUGUCUGCGCGCUGGUGUCUGAGGCCCAGGCUGAGGCCUCCUCGGUAGCCGGAGCGCAGGCGGUGGAGAGGAUGACGGCCGCUGCCGUUUUCUCCUGAGCUAGAGCCGCCGCUACCCUCCCCCUCCCCCGGCAGGGCGGAGAGGAGCGGCCGGAGUCUGAGCGAUGGUGCCCGGCGAGGAGAACCAACUGGUCCCGAAGGAGGUAGAAAAUGCUGCUGAAGAACCAAGAGUCUUAUGUAUAAUACAAGAUACUACUAAUUCAAAGACAGUGAACGAACGGAUCACUUUAAAUUUACCAGCUUCUACUCCUCUCAGAAAGCUCUUUGAAGAUGUGGCCAACAAAGUAGGCUACAUAAAUGGAACCUUUGAUUUGGUGUGGGGGAAUGGAAUCAAUUCUGCUGAUAUGGCUCCACUGGAUCAUACCAGUGACAAGUCUCUUCUUGAUGCUAAUUUUGAGCCAGGAAAGAAGAACUUUCUGCAUUUGACAGAUAAAGAUGGUGAACAGCCUCAAAUACUGCUGGAGGAUUCCAGUGCUGGGGAUGACAGUGUUCAUGACAAAUUUAUAGGUCCACUUCCAAGAGAAGGUUCUGUGGGCUCUACCAGUGAUUAUGUCAGCCAAAGCUACUCCUAUUCAUCUAUUUUGAAUAAAUCAGAAACUGGAUAUGUGGGAUUAGUAAACCAAGCAAUGACUUGCUAUUUGAAUAGCCUUUUGCAAACACUUUUUAUGACUCCUGAAUUUAGGAAUGCAUUAUAUAAGUGGGAAUUUGAAGAAUCUGAAGAAGAUCCAGUGACGAGUAUACCAUACCAACUUCAAAGGCUUUUUGUUUUGUUACAAACCAGCAAAAAGAGAGCAAUUGAAACCACAGAUGUUACCAGGAGCUUUGGAUGGGAUAGUAGUGAGGCUUGGCAGCAGCAUGAUGUACAGGAACUGUGCAGAGUCAUGUUUGAUGCUUUGGAACAGAAAUGGAAACAAACAGAACAGGCUGAUCUUAUAAAUGAACUGUAUCAAGGCAAGCUGAAGGACUACGUGAGAUGUCUGGAAUGUGGUUAUGAGGGCUGGAGAAUCGACACGUAUCUUGAUAUUCCAUUGGUCAUCCGACCUUAUGGGUCCAGCCAAGCAUUUGCUAGUGUGGAGGAAGCAUUGCAUGCAUUUAUUCAGCCAGAGAUCCUGGAUGGCCCAAAUCAAUAUUUUUGUGAACGUUGUAAGAAGAAGUGUGAUGCACGAAAGGGUCUUCGGUUUUUGCAUUUCCCUUAUCUGCUGACCUUACAACUGAAAAGGUUUGAUUUUGAUUAUACAACAAUGCACAGGAUUAAAUUGAAUGAUCGGAUGACAUUUCCCGAGGAACUAGACAUGAGUACAUUUAUUGAUGUUGAAGAUGAGAAAUCUCCUCAGACUGAAAGUUGCACUGACAGUGGAGCAGAAAAUGAAGGCAGUUGUCACAGUGAUCAAAUGAGUAAUGAUUUCUCCAAUGAUGAUGGUGUUGAUGAAGGGAUCUGCCUUGAAAGCAACAGUGGAACUGAAAAGAUUCCAAAACCUGGGCUUGAAAAGAAUUCUUUGAUCUAUGAGCUCUUCUCCGUUAUGGUUCAUUCAGGGAGUGCUGCUGGUGGUCAUUACUAUGCUUGUAUAAAGUCAUUCAAUGAUGAGCAGUGGUACAGCUUCAAUGAUCAACAUGUCAGCAGGAUAACACAAGAGGACAUUAAGAAAACACAUGGUGGAUCUUCAGGAAGCAGAGGAUAUUACUCCAGUGCUUUUGCAAGCUCCACAAAUGCAUAUAUGCUGAUAUAUAGACUGAAGGACCCAGCAAGAAAUGCAAAAUUUCUAGAAGUAGAUGAAUAUCCAGAACAUAUUAAAAAUUUGGUGCAGAGAGAGAGAGAAUUGGAAGAACAAGAAAAGAGGCAACGAGAAAUUGAGCGCAAUACAUGCAAGAUAAAAUUAUUCUGUUUACAUCCUGUGAAACAAGUGAUGAUGGAAAAUAAAUUGGAGGUUCAUAAGGAUAAGACAUUAAAGGAAGCAGUAGAAAUGGCUUAUAAGAUGAUGGAUUUAGAAGAGGUAAUACCUAUGGAUUGCUGUCGUCUUGUUAAAUAUGAUGAGUUUCAUGAUUAUCUUGAACGAUCAUAUGAAGGAGAAGAAGAUACGCCAAUGGGACUUUUACUGGGUGGAGUCAAGUCAACAUACAUGUUUGAUCUGCUGUUGGAGACAAGAAGACCCGAUCAGGUUUUCCAGUCUUACAAACCCGGAGAAGUGAUGGUGAAGGUUCAUGUUGUUGAUCUAAAGGCAGAAUCUGUAGCUGCUCCUAUCACUGUUCGAGCUUACUUAAAUCAAACAGUUACAGAGUUCAAACAGCUUAUUUCAAAGGCCAUCUAUUUACCUGCUGAAACAAUGAGAAUAGUGCUGGAACGCUGCUACAAUGAUUUGCGUCUUCUCACUGUGCCCAGUAAAACCCUGAAAGCUGAAGGGUUUUUUAGAAGCAACAAGGUGUUCGUUGAAAGUUCUGAGACUUUGGAUUACCAGAUGGCCUUUACAGACUCUCAUUUAUGGAAACUCCUGGAUCGGCAUGCAAAUACAAUCAGAUUAUUUGUUUUGUUACCCGAACAAUCUCCAGGAUCUUAUUCCAAAAGGACAGCAUACCAGAAAGCUGGGGGUGACUCUGGUAAUGUGGAUGAUGACUGUGAAAGAGUCAAAGGACCUGCAGGGGGUCUAAAGUCUGUGGAAGCUAUUCUAGAAGAAAGCACUGAAAAACUCAAAAGCUUGUCACUGCAACAGCAGCAGGAGGGAGAUAAUGGGGACAGCAGCAAAAGUACUGAGACAAGUGACUUUGAAAACAUUGAAUCACCUCUCAAUGAGAGGGACUCUUCAGCCUCAGUGGAUAAUAGAGAACUUGAACAGCAUAUUCAGACUUCCGAUCCUGAAAAUUUUCAGUCUGAAGAACGAUCAGAUUCAGAUGUGAAUAAUGACAGGAGUACAAGUUCAGUGGACAGUGAUAUCCUUAGCUCAAGUCAUAGCAGUGAUACUUUGUGCAAUGCAGAUAAUGCUCAAAUCCCUUUGGCUAAUGGACUUGACUCUCAUAGCAUCACGAGUAGUAGAAGAACUAAAGCGAAUGAAGGGAAAAAGGAGACAUGGGAUACAGCAGAAGAAGACUCCGGAACGGACAGUGAAUAUGAUGAGAGUGGCAAGAGUAGGGGAGAAAUACAGUACAUGUAUUUCAAAGCAGAACCCUAUGCUGCAGAUGAAAGUUCUGGGGAAGGACAUAAAUGGUUGAUGGUGCAUGUUGAUAAAAGAAUUACUCUGGCUGCUUUCAAACAACAUUUAGAGCCCUUUGUUGGAGUUUUGUCCUCUCACUUCAAGGUCUUUCGCGUGUACGCCAGCAAUCAAGAGUUUGAGAGCGUCCGGCUGAAUGAGACACUUUCAUCAUUUUCAGAUGACAAUAAGAUUACAAUUAGACUGGGGAGAGCACUUAAAAAAGGAGAAUACAGAGUUAAAGUGUACCAGCUUCUAGUCAAUGAACAAGAGCCGUGCAAGUUUCUGCUAGAUGCUGUGUUUGCUAAAGGAAUGACUGUACGGCAAUCAAAAGAGGAGUUAAUUCCUCAGCUCAGGGAGCAAUGUGGUUUAGAGCUCAGUAUUGACAGGUUUCGUCUAAGGAAAAAAACAUGGAAGAAUCCUGGCACUGUCUUUUUGGAUUAUCAUAUUUAUGAAGAAGAUAUUAAUAUUUCCAGCAACUGGGAGGUUUUCCUUGAAGUUCUUGAUGGGGCAGAGAAGAUGAAAUCCAUGUCACAACUUGCAGUUUUGUCAAGACGGUGGAGGCCUUCAGAGAUGAAGUUGGAUCCCUUCCAGGAGGUUGUGUUGGAAAGCAGUAGUGUUGAUGAGUUGCGAGAGAAGCUUUGUGAAAUCAGUGGAAUUCCUUUAGAAGAUAUUGAAUUUGCCAAGGGUAGAGGAACUUUUCCCUGUGAUAUUUCUGUCCUUGAUAUUCAUCAGGAUUUGGACUGGAAUCCUAAAGUUUCUACCCUGAAUGUCUGGCCUCUUUAUAUCUGUGAUGAUGGUGCAGUCAUAUUUUAUAGGGAUAAAACAGAAGAAUUAAUGGAGUUGACAGAUGAGCAAAGAAAUGAACUGAUGAAAAAAGAAAGCAGUCGACUCCAGAAGACGGGACAUCGUGUAACGUACUCACCUCGGAAAGAAAAAGCACUAAAAAUAUAUCUGGAUGGAGCACCAAAUAAAGAUCUGACUCAAGACUGACUCUGCUAGUGUAGCAUUUUCCCUGGGGGAUUUUGGUUUUAAUUAGACGGUUCACUGCUACUGUGUAGUGUGCCAUUAUAGCCGGACGUGGUUAGGGGUAACCCAGUGAUACCAGCACUGAUUGGACUGCCCUUCACCAAUCAGAAGCUCAGUGCCCAAUGGGCCACUGUUUUGACUUGGAAUCAUGUUGUGCACUAUAGUCAAAUGUACUGUAAAGUGAAAAGGGAUGUGCAAAAAAAUAAAAACAAAAAGCAAAACCUACUAGAAAAGGGGAAAGGGGAAUGAGUAAACUUCUUUUCUUGCGGACAGAUGUGCACAUAGCCGCUAGUCAAACCAGCCUCAAACAGGAUGCUCAUAGCUUAAUAAUAAAAGCUGUGCAAAGGCCAUGAA